ACUUUAACGCUCAAGUAGGGAAACUGAGACAAUCGGGAAGGCAUCUUGAAGAUAUUCAUGGAUCCCAUGCCAACGAAUCGACAGAAGUGAUCAUUCCUUGCAAUUUUAUUCCAAAACUCCUUUGUUUCUGGUCACGACUAACUUUAAGCAAAAGGAGAGACACUGUUCUACAUGGCGUCCGUUGACAUCAAAGUAAGGAUGGGCACGGAUAGAUCAUAUUGCUAUCACCCAUCGUUGGAGGAUCGCUGUUCUUUCUGGAAUACGUAUUUGGACUCUGGUAACGCGCUGGUACGAGCUCAUACAUAUCUGUACCUUACUGGUUGCAGAAAACAGGUGGCAGUGAAGCCUGUCCACAUUCAAUCGGAAGAUGAGAACGCCAAGUGCGCAUUCAGUGAGGAUACAAGUAAGCAUUUAUCUGACCAUGACAGCAAUGCUCAUCCUGAGGAAACCUGGUGUGAUAUUAAGUCUGCUGUAGAAACAGCGGUAAAGACAGUUGGCAACCUACAUCCAAAGCAUAGGAAACGUCAUCUGAACUGAUUGAUGUGAGAAGACUGCUUCUAGUUGGCUCUGACCAAAAUGAAUAGAGAAAGUAACCUAAACGUAAAUUGACCGAGAGGUUUCGCAACGAUCGUGAGUAGUAGUGGUUGACGAAAGCAAGAGAGAUGGGGAAGGCAUCAGCGGUGACUAACAAUCGGUAACUACUUAGUUAUUAUGGAUAUCGGCAUGACGGUCGGUGAAACCAUCACCGAAAAGGAUGAAACGCUGGUAGCCUA